UACAACAUAAUAAUAAAAACAAACAAAUUUGUUUAAAAAAAUACAAUGUUAAUAAUUUUUAUUUAUAAAAAAAUGCCUAAACUAAAGAAAAUUUGUUAAAAGUUAAAAAGUUUAUAUAUUGUGCUUUAAAUCGAUGUGUAAGGAGAAAUUAAUUUAAGAAAUGUUUGUUUUAAUUAAACAAUUACAACGAAUACUUUAUAUAGAUGUGCCCAACUUAAGACAUCUACUGAAAUACUCUAAAAGACACAAGCUGUUUAAAAACAAAUAAUUAGCAACUAAUUGCAACUUUAGCACAAAGUUUGAGAGAAAAAAACAAUCAUUAGCAACUUAGCAAGAAAGUAAAUAGAAAAAAACCUAAAACUUUAACACAUUUCCCCGCUAAACUUAAAACCCAAGAGUAAGAAAAAAAACUACAAAAACAAAUUACUACAAAAUACUUAAUUGAAGAAACGAGUAAACCUUUUUAAAACCUAAGGAAAAAAGUAACAAAAAAAAAAACUUGUUAAACUCUAAACUAAACAAACAACUACAGAUUUAAAUAGUCCACAAACUGGUCAGACACUAACAGUAACAUUAUAAUCCAACACAUUCCUUUACAUAGUUAAACCAACUCAACCAAACCGAACCGAACCGCCACCAUCAACUACAACAUCGUCAUCAUCAUCAUCAUCAGCUCUCUUAUUUUCGACUAAACGUAAACAAUCCAAACAACUAAACAACAUCUCCAACAUGGCGUUAGGAAAAUCCAUUAAAAUGUACCUGACUAUAUUUGUAGCCACCACUUGUAUGUACAUGGUACUGUAUCAGUAUCACAUAUCACGGCAACCAAUGCCACAAGCCGAAAUCAUAAAGCAUAAAGAUACAUCAAUUGAUAAAGAGAACACUAAUGGAAUUGGUGGUAGUUAUACUUCUUACUCCUUAAACUCCAACAACAUCUCCACUUCUUCAUCAUCAACAAUAACAUCAACGUCAUUGAAUUCGAAGAAUAAUGCAUCAGUAAUAAAUGCUGUAAAAUUACCAGCUUUCAAUGCAACAUCAUCAUCAUCUUCAUCAACAUCAAAAUCUUCCUCUUCGUUAACAGCAUUAUCGUUAUUAUCAUUACCAAGUCAUACUACUAAACUAUUUAAGAAAAUGAAUUUAUUUUUAUGGUCACCCAUGUCAUUACUAUCUUCUUCAUCAACAUCCUCCAAACGAGCCAUAUCAAAAAAAUCCUCUUUAGCUUUAAAGCAACAACAAAAACAAUCAUCAUCAUCCUCAAUGCCAUCUAAUUCAUCCAUUUUAAAGGAUUUAAAUAACACUUUAAUAACUUCAUCUACAUCGUCUUCUACUACUACAACAACAAUAACCACUACAUCAACAUCAACAAUAAAAACCAAAACUUCAACCCCUUCAUCAACAGUGGCCUCUGCCUCAUCAUCUUCCAGGUUUACAGCUAAAAUCUCCUCCACUGAACUUAUACAGAAAACUAAACAGUCUAAGAACAACAACAACAACAAUAGUGAUAAACUGUCAUCACAACAAGUUCAAGAACAACAACAACAUCAAACAUAUAAGCCUCCACUGUAUAUAAUCACACCCACAUAUCGCCGUCCAGAACAAUUGGCUGAACUAACACGUUUGGGUUACACACUCAAACAUGUCGUCAAUCUGCUGUGGUUGGUUAUAGAAGAUGCCAAUCGGACAUCGGAUAAUGUUAUACAAAUAUUAAAUAGAAUUGGAGUGCCUUAUGAGUAUUUCUUGGCUCCCAUGCCUGAUGAAUAUAAAAAAGCCAAGGCUAAACCGAGAGGUGUUUCAAAUCGUAAUCGUGGCCUCCAAUGGUUGAGAGAAAAUGCUACCGAGGGUGUGUUUUACUUUGCCGAUGAUGAUAAUACUUAUGAUAUUAAUAUCUUUGAACAGAUGCGCUAUACCAAAAAGGUUUCAAUGUGGCCGGUAGGUUUAGUUACUAAAUUUGGUGUUAGUAGUCCUAUUGUUAAGGCUGGUAAACUGACGGGUUUCUAUGACGGCUGGAUUGGUGGACGUAAAUAUCCCGUCGAUAUGGCUGGCUUUGCAGUGAGUGUGAAGUUCUUACAUGAUCGCCCCAAUGCCAAGAUGCCCUUUAAGACGGGCUAUGAGGAGGAUGGUUUCCUAAAGAGUUUAGCUCCUUUAAAUAAUACAGAAAUAGAGCUAUUGGCCAGUAAUUGUACAGAGAUUUUAACUUGGCACACACAAACCAAAAAGAAUAAUCCUGCAGAAAUUGUAAAUGCGACCAAAUAUGGUGAUUCAAAUUUAAUGCUAUUAGAAAAAAUGCUAGUAAGACAUUAACUUUAAAAUUAAAUUAUUUAAUAAUUUACAUAAGAUGCCCCCCCAAAAAAAGUUAAAUAUUUAAUAGACUUAACAAAGACACUAGUAAAUAAGUAAGAAACAUAUAGAAAAAACUUUUAC